CGCCACGAGCCGGUAGUGUUGGUUGACAUCGUAACAGUUGAAAUGUUUUUCAAACAGAAAAAGCGCGAUUCUUGUCCUUUGUGUGGGGAAUUAAUCCUCGAAGUGGUGUUUGUGUUGUGUUUAUCGGAAGAACAGUUACUUAAACUCCAGAAACUGACGAACAUCUCGAGACGCAGUUCAUAAUGGGUAAAAAUUCUUCAACGGAGGAAAAUCCUCGGGAAAAUCCCCACGACCCAGCCGUGCGGUCUUCAGGUCAAUUGGAGGUCAGUCUUCCGUUAUUUUACCCUCGUCCCCAGAGCACUGUCCCUGUAAAAAUCAAGAAAAGCGAUAUACUCCCGACCGUUGGCUCCGAGAUUUUCCCCCGACCCUCACCCCUCUCUCCACCCAAAACAAGUGCUGACAACAAUUUCGCCGAUGACGUCAGAAAUCCAUCCAUUACUCCACAAAAUCCCUCGAUCCUCCUCUCGCAUCAGAGAGCGAAUUGUCCAGGUCCAGGAACUCCAAUGCCCCUCUUGUCGCCCUCUGCCUAUCCCUACCCCUAUUGGCAGCAUACUUUCACCUUGAAUCCCUUAAGCUCGUUCCCUCACCCCGAAAAAUUCCAAAAACCUCAGAGGAAUGAGGAAGACGAGACGCCGAAGAGGUCAAGGACACUCGUGGAAAUGCCAACCCAAGACGAAAAGCUAAAUCUGAUAAAGAGUGUCAAGCAUCAAGAUCGCUACGAUUGUGAGGCUUCAAGUCCCAGGAGGAGGUGUGCCAGUGAUUGGAUCAACGAAAAGUCCACCGAGGAGUCCACCAGGGGUAAAACCCCCAGUUUACUCGAUCGAGGCACUUCAUCGAUAAAAACUAACAGAAACAGGGCGAGGAUGUCCAAGGACGUUGCUCUCGCCUCGAUCAGGUGCAUCGAACCACUGAGACGAGGUAGAUCGAGGAUGAGUGAGAAGCCAAACCAAGACUAUCUUGGGAAUGGCUCUGAGUGAGUCAACAGAAUUCUGUUGAGUUGUGGAGAUGAUUAAAUGGGUUAAGCACUGUUGUGGAAGGCUGAGGGAGAGCCUCAUGCACUGUCCAGGGUGGCUCUGGCUUGGGGCCAUGAAUUAAUUAUGGUGAGGGUGUUUUGGUUAUUAGGAGUGUAACUUCUUGUUUGAGAGAAGCUUAGACGUUUUUCGGGGGGAGAUGGUGGGCAAGAUUGCGUUCGAAGUCUUCACACAUUAAUUAUUGCGAAAGGGUAUUUUUCAUAUGUUGAAAAUUUAUUAUUAUGGGUUAUUAUAGAUUUUCAGAAUUCAUAGAAUUUUUUUACGCGUGCAUCUGAAUGAAUUAUCAGGAUUGCGACGGAGGAAUUACGAGGGCUCUUAUAUUUUUUACUCUUCCACAAAAAAAGUAAUUCCAAUUGAUUUGGAAAAUUGAGGAUUCAAGAUUUACAGCG